GGAUUGUUUCGUGUUCUGAUUGGUUGAUAGGUCGAAACAUCGCCAAGCCAUAGCCGAUGAUGUAAUGUUUUCAGCUCAUUUAGUAUGCAUAGUCUCUGAAUCGAAGAUCAAGAAUUUUACCGGAAAAAAUCGUCCAAAAAGGAGGACGACUAGCUUAAGAUGAAACCAUAUAUGAUUAUUUUCUUUGCGUGUCUGGUGGUGUCUUCGUAUGCAGGAUCGAUUACAAGAAAUAAACGAGGUUAUUUAUCACGAACUGGACUAUGUCCCAAUCCAGCUAAUAACUUUCAAGUUAAAGACGUUCGUCUAAACUACUGGGGCAUGGCUGUGAUCAGAGAAUCAGACAACCCCACCCCGAGAUGCAAUGAGAAGGAGUGUGAUGAAGAUAGCCAUUGUGAUGGAAACAGGAAAUGCUGUUCAAACUACUGUGGUGCUAAAGUGUGUACUGUUUCAAUGAGAGAUCCUGAGCCUUGUAGCAAUUUCAAUUGUCCAAGUCAUCAAGUAUGCAAAGUACAAAUGGUAAAAUGUGUCAUGCCUGAUUGUCCUGCAGCUGAAUCAAUCAAUAGACCAACCUGCGUACCAAAAGAUGAACUUAUAACGGCUCACGCUGAUCAAUUAGGCGAUUACCAGCCUGAUACAGCAGCGGAUCUCCUGAAGACAGAGCCUCAGCCUGCUCAACCUCAGCCUGAAGCUCUGUCCUACACACAACAACAACAACAACAACAACAACAACAACAACAACAACCACAACAAACACCUUACGGUGACGUACAAUUUAAUGACGCGCAGCAAGCAGCACCCGCUUCACCUAGUGACCAGCAAGCUUAUGCAGCACCUAUGGAUCCAUCAAUGAUGGCUGCAGCAGCCCCGGCAGAAGUACCAAACAUCGUUCAAUCUCCUAUGGACAAGGCAGCUAGUUAUAACGCUCCUAGUCAAGACACAGCUCUGAACUAUCAAGCACAGCCAGCUGAAGCAGCCGCCGCCGCCGCCGCUCUCCCCCCACCAAUGGACCAACCUGCUGCGGACCAACCCCCUGAAAGUUUUCCUCAAGUUGUCGCGCAGCCACCCGCUCAGUGAUACACGAACGACAUAUAAACGUUAGCUGAAGCAGCUAAAGAAAAAUUCAUGGACCAUGCAGUCUGUUUCGAAUAGAAACACCCAAUUGUCUACACGCUAGAUCACGUAAUAUUUGACAAGUUUUUAUAACGCUGACAGUGUAGACAGUGUGUAUCGGGUAGUUAGUGGCAUUUUGUAACAUGGAAUGAUUUGGGAUGGUGCGAGGUGUUAGGAAGAAUUGUAUCAUGUAAAUAAACUUACUUUCUUUGUUAA